ACAUCCACCACGUCGAUACGAUCAAGUAUAUAUGAAAACAUCGAGGAAAAUGGCAGGACGUACCAUCACUUCAAGCAAGGAAAAUACAAUUUACCAAAUGACGAGGUUGACCACUUAUCCGCUCCUAAUACUCUGCUAGAUCUCCAACACACCUUAUUCUACCUCACUCUCCACGAGAAACUUUACUUGGCCCCGAUUGGUGUCGAGCCGCACAAUGUGCGUCAAGUUCUCGAUAUUGCAACGGGGACAGGAAUCUGGGCCAUUGAAUUCUCACACCUUUUUCCAUCCGCCCAGAUCGUUGGGACAGAUCUGAGUGCAAUCCAGCCACUUUACGUGCCGCCAAAUUGCCGUUUCGAAAUAGAUGAUGCAGAAGAUGAAUGGAACUUCGCCGAAAAGUUCGACUACGUCCAUGGACGGGCUCUCCUCUCAUGCUUCAAAGACCCCAAGCACGUCAUUAGCGAAGCCUUUAAGUCUCUCGCGCCAGGCGGCUACCUCGAGCUUCAAGAUGCAGUCUUUCCCUUCAAUUAUAUCGGCGAGCCACCAGUAGACUCGGACUUGUACCGCUGGAACAAAUUAUGCGUUGAAGGGUCUACCAAAAUUGGACGUCCAUGGACGAAUGUGCUUAAUUAUAAGCGCUGGUUGACAGAAGUCGGAUUUGAAGACGUAGUUGAGAAGUCGUUCUAUUGGCCGACGAACAAGUGGGUGAAGGGGAAGCACAAUAAACAGAUUGCGGCGUUCUUUCAAGCGGAUAUGCUGAAUGGGAUAGAAGGCAUGAGUUUGAAAGUCAUUGGUCAGCUGGGCUGGACUGCUGAUGAGAUUCGGAGUUUCCUUGUUGGGGUGAAGAAUGACCUCAAAGAUACUUCUAUCCCUGCUUAUUUGUCAAUAAAGGUUGUAUAUGGGAAGAAGCCCCAGCUUACUGAAGCUUGAGAAGACCGUCUUAUUGCAUAGCCUGCGUAGAUUGGAUACAAUUUCAUCUUUUCCCGUUGCAAC